AUGACAGACGCUCAGCGCUCCUUUGCGCCUGCGCCCAAGAACGCAGCCACGAUUCUUUGCGCCGACUGUGGAGCGCCUGUCGAUGGCACCAUAUCCGGUGCCUUCUGCUACGACUGCAUAAAGCUCAAAACCGAUGUCACCGGCGGCAUCCAGCGCGAGGCCAUCCUGCUCAUGUGCCGCGACUGCGACCGAUGGCUCUCCCCUCCCUCGACCUGGGUUGUCGCGCCCCCCGAGUCGCGUGAACUGCUCGCCUUGUGCCUCCGGAAACUGCGUGGACUGAACAAGCUGAGAAUCAUCGAUGCCAACUUUAUCUGGACGGAGCCGCACAGCAGAAGGAUAAAGGUCAAGAUUACGGUGCAGUCGGAAAUCAACGAGGGCGCCAUCAUGCAGCAGACGUUCGAGGUCGAAUACACACAAAACUACAACCAGUGCCCAGACUGCGCAAAGAGCUACACCCACAACACAUGGAGGGCUUGCGUGCAGGUGCGACAAAAGGUGCCGCACAAGAGGACGUUCUUGUAUCUGGAGCAGUUGAUCUUGAAGCACGGGGCACACAAGGACACCAUCAACAUCAAGGAGGUGCACGAUGGUAUCGACUUCUUCUUCGCACAGAGGAACCACGCGGUGGCGUUUUGCGACUUUUUGAAGGCCGUCAUCCCGGUCAACAUCAAAAGAUCCGAGGAACUCAUCUCACACGACAUCCACACCUCGACCAAGAACUACAAAUUCUCCUUCUCGUGCGAGAUUGUCCCCAUCUGCAAAGAUGAUCUUGUGGUGCUUCCCAUUCCGCUCGCGAAGAAGAUUGGCAACAUUUCGCCUCUUACCAUCUGCUCACGCAUUGGCACAUCCGUCCAACUGCUUGACCCCGCAACCCUACAAACCGCCGACGUCGCUACCGACAUCUAUUGGAGGACACCAUUCCGGCCACUUGCAGAUGUGCAAGAGCUGACUGAGUUCGUCGUCUUGGACAUUGAGCCCUUGGGCAAACAAUCAGGACGCCAUUUCCUUGCCGAAGCGACUAUAGCACGUGCCUCUGACAUGGGCGUGAAUGAUACCACAUACUAUUGCAGAACUCACCUUGGUGGCAUUCUGCACGUUGGUGACUCGGUAAUGGGCUACUUGCUUGCCAACACCAACUUCAACAACGAGCUUUUUGAUGUACUCGAGCAGAACAACAAGUAUGCCUCUGCCAUCCCGGAUGUAGUACUGGUCAAGAAGUUCUACCAGCGAUCGAGGAAGAGCAAGAACAAGCGAAACUGGCGUGUGAAGCGCAUGAACAAAGAUGAAGGCGAGAUGCUGCCGCGUAAGCAGGACCAGGAGCGGAUGGAGCGCGACUUUGAAAUGUUCCUGCAGGAUGUCGAAGAAGACCAGGAACUGCGACAGACUAUGGCGCUAUACAAGGCUCAACAUAAGCAGCGGGAUGUUGAUGCAAUGGACACCGAGAGCAGUCUCGGCGACGACGAGGAUGAGGGCAUCCAGAUCCCAAUGGAUCAGCUCCUGGAUGAUUUUGAGGACAUGACCAUGGAGGACUAA